AUGCCGCGCAGCUUGCCCUAUCCCCCACCAAACCUGUACACGAAGGGCUUGGUGUUGGUGUCGUUGAAUGUGAUUGUGAUAUCAUUCCUUUUCUCCGCGUAUGAUGUGCAAUUACCCGUGAACGACACCAUCGAAUGGGCAAUUUACAGGUUAUACAAAGUGAGUUCUUUAGUUGUGUUUUUUGUUUUUAGGUACGAAUAUGUCGUAGAGAAUGAGGAUGAUUGUAGAACGGCUGGAAGGUUUUCCUUGCUGAACCAAGUGUUUUUAAUUUAUUUUAUAGUUGUAUACCUUACUUUAGUCAAAAUUAACCCCUAAUUUUGUCAUCUUCAAUGCUCAAUCAUAUCCAUGAGCUUUAGCUGAUGUUCAGUGUGUUUUAAAAUUGAAAUGGGUAUAUUUUAAAUGCUUUCGUAUAUUUACACUUUUCAGAUCAGCUAUGUGAGGCGCAUUGUGGACACAUUCCGUUCUUUGAUUGGACUUUCCAAGUACAUUCCCCGUCAAGAGAUCCGCGGAGAGCAAAAGCCCGAUAAACCGCUUAAACUGGGGACGAAACUAAAUACGAAAGGUGAGAAAUCACCUAGAUUUAAUUAAUCUAUUUAGGCAAGAAGGUUUACACUCCAGAUCAACUGGCGUUGUUUGACGGCAGUCGGGAGUCCCAGCCUGUUUAUCUGGCCAUCUUGGGACGAGUUUAUGACGUUGAGAAGGGCAGAAAACACUAUUCUGCAGGUGGUGGAUAUCACUUUUUUGCCGGAAAGGAUGCAACAAGAGCUUUUAUCACUGGAGAUUUCACUCCCAAAGGCCUCAUUGACGACGUGACAGGCCUGUCGGACCAAGAAUUGUUGAGUUUACUGGAUUGGGUCAACUUUUACAACAAGGAAUACAAGUUGGUCGGAUUUGUUCAAGGUCUAUUCUACGAUGCGAAUGGAAAGAUCACUCCAUAUGGGAAAGAAGUGAGCCGCAUUUGACGUUGUUACUUACUGUUUCGCAGUUGAUUUUGGUGGUUUUGUAUAUUAUUUUAGGUGAACGAACGGUUGGAGAACGCCUUGGAAUACAAAAAAAAGCAGGUCAAAGAGAGCGAAGUAUUCCCUCCAUGCAAUUCGGAGUGGCAUAAGGAUACGGGCGGAAGAGUAUGGUGCACAAAUAAGAGGUGAGAUUUUCCCAAAAUUUUUCCCGGUUUAGUGCCUGAAGUGGUCUAAUUUCGAUCGAAGGAUUUUUACCGUUACUUUCAGCGGCGGCGUGAAACGCGAGUGGGUUGGAGUCCCAAGGAAAUUGUUUGCGGCCGGUUCGAAAUCCCACCGAUGUGCUUGUGUCAAGAAUUUUGGGCCGCCUUUGGCAACGCCCAAUGAAAAGGGAAAUCGGGGAGAUUUGGAUAAUCCCAACCUAAAGGAAUAUGAGAACUGCUCACCGGUCUCGAAUUCAUGCAAAUUGCCGGCUGAUUAG